GCGGCGCAGGGCGGCGUGAGGGAGCCCUCGUGAUGGGUCCUGCCCCCACCACGAUGGUCCCAGCGGCCGCGCGUUGAUGAAGCUGGAGCACCAUGUACAGUGUGGAAGAUCUCCUGAUAUCUCACGGGUAUGCGCCCUCCCGCGAGCUCCCAGCACCGCGCCCGGAGAGCCCUGAGGGCCGCCCGCAGGCCAGGACGAGGACGAAGACCGGCCACGGCCUGCUGAACGGCUGCGAGGAUGGCCCCGCCGCGCCCGCGCGGAGGAAGACGCCCCCUGGGAAAGGGCACGUGAGUGACCCCGACAGACGCCGCCGGGAGCCGCCCAGUGCUGCUGAGGCCCGGUUUUCUAAUCGCCCGGCCUUAGUGUGGUCUGCUCAGCCCCCGCCGAGGGACGACCCAGGCCACUGGAGGAGAGGGCCCGAGGGCAGCGGCUUGCUGGGCUCAAGAGAGCGGAAAGAGCUGGGCAUCAGAGCCAUGGCGCAGGCCCACAGCCUGCCCGCCCCCGUGCAAGAGGGUCCCUGGGAAGUCAGUGGAAGGACAGAGAAGGUGAUGAGAAAGGCCGCGUGGGAGGAAGAGCUGAGGACGAGCCCUGGCCGGUGGCCGGACGGAAGCUUGGAGAACUGGAGCCAGCCGAGGCAGCUGGGGAGGCAAAUGUCCGAUGGCGGUGGCCAGAGGCUGCCGCACAACCUGUACCCGCUCGGCCCGGCCGAGCCCGCCUGGACUGCUCAAAGCAAGAGGAAGUCCCAGUCACUGCCCAGAGUUCUGUCCCCCGAGAGCCUGAGGUACAUGGAGGUCCCCAUCCCGUUCAGCGAUGGGCACGUGCCGGGUGUGCCCCAGAUGCCGCCGUACCCCAACUGCGCGCCGAGCUUGGACUGCAAGAGGAACCCCGAGAAGGCGCCCUUGCCCCGGCCCAAGUUCGGGAGACCCGUCAAGCCAGGUGGGGGAGGGCACGGCGACCCUCAGGCCCCCCAGCAUGGGGCCCUGCACGUUUCCUGCUGGAGCAAGGCCAGUGAGCCCAGGCACGAGCUCUGUGGGUCCGACCCCGGCUUGGAGCCACCAGUGUACGUGCCCCCGCCCUCGUACAGGUCGCCCCCCGAGCACAUCCCGAACCCCUACCUGGAAGACAUGGCGCCUACACCUUCUAGCAGCGGCCACGGCCAGCAGCCGCACCUGACCGAGAAGCCCCGGCUGCCGUCUUCCGGGAGCGGGGAUGAGUGCGGUGUGAGCCAGUGCUCUCCCUGUCCCGCUGGCGUCCAAUACAUUCCCUUUGAUGACCCCAGGAUACGGCACAUCAAGCUGGCUUGGCCACACGGCGCCCACCAGGACGCAACGCCCGAGGGCAGCUCCUGUGGCCUCGGUCCUGUCGCUCCCCCAGAGCCAGCCCGCACCGUCACGCAACUCGAUGGCGCCGGGCGGAAUCCACGGAACCCGACCCCCCCGGGUGGGGAUGACAGAGGCCUGGCCUUUGAGCCGAGCCCCCAGUGGCUGUGGGGCCAGCUCCCCAGGAACAGGGACAGCAGUGGCCCCCCUAACCCAACAGACCACCGUAUCACGAGAGACGGCCAGCAUGGGCACGCCGAGGGCCUGGCUUCCCGUGCCAGCCCACAUGGCGAGCGCCUCUGCGAAACUCAGGCCAAGCUCAAAAAGUCUGAAACUGGGCCUGAGCUCAAGAGAAGGUCAAAGAAAAAAGUGAACGAGACCAUAUUUUGCUUGGUUUCCAUCCCAGUGAAAUCAGAGUCGCAGCUGCCAGAUACAGAUAGGAACAACAAUGACUUAAAACAGGGCGCCCGUCAAAUGAAUGGGGCUGAUAAGAGCCCCCUGAGCGCUUCGUGCACAGACCUGGAGCUGCAGGCUCUCACGGGAAGCCUGGUGGGGAGACCUACGCUCCGCACACAAGCGCCCGCAGAACCCGAGGAGGACAGGCACACGAAUGACCUCAGAUUCGUUUACCUUACCGGACACACUGAGCUCACGUACCCUGGCGCGUGGCCUGGCCACCAGUACAGAGAUCAACAGACGCAAACCAGUUUCCCCGAAGAACCCAAAAGCUCGCAGCAGCCGGCUGAGCUGGGAGCCGCGAGGCCCGCGGUGCCGACUCCGUGUCGUGCAGACCCCGCCGUGUCCGACCCAGGCACGCACACGGUGGCAUGUGCGUCCAGGGACCACGCUCAGAACCGCCAGGGUCAGGCGUCCCCCCUGAGCCCGGCCAGCAACAGCGCCUUCUCCAGGGCCUCCUCCUCCUCCUCCUCCACGGCUUGGGCACCUGCCGCCAAGGCGGGCCCCAGCGUGGACGGCCGGGCGCCUGGGGCCAGCCCCGUGCCGCAGCCGGAGGUGGUGAAGGGGGAGGCAGCCGCAGGCUCGUGCAACAGUCAGCAGCCCUUCGGUCAGUUUCUCCUGAAGCCCGUGAGUCGCCGGCCCUGGGACUUGAUCAGUCAGCUGGAAAGUUUCAACAAGGAACUGCAGGAGGAAGAAGAAAGCCAUCCCGACAGUGAUGGUGGCGGCGGCAGCGGCAGCGACAGCGAGGGAAGUGAGGGGCAGGGGCCCUGGGAAGACGGCGACCCCAGCCUGGAGAAGCACCCGGGCUUCCCUGAAAGCCACAGGGAGGAGAGAGUGGAGCAGCAGCCAAAGGCGUGGGGGCCGCAGCACCCCGAGUUUAGGUCGGGAGGAGCCAAGAGCCAAUUUGGGGGCUGGAGCGAGCAGGUGGCACCCGGCUGGCCGCAGGCCUGUCCUCGGUCCCCGUGGGGCCCUCCGCAGGCGGAAGACGGCAGAGGGGUGGUGUUCCUGGCAGCCGAUGGGGGCUCCAUCCCGGAGAAGCGGGACCAGGCGGAAGGGCGCAGCGCCAGAGAGCCGGUGCACAGCCCAGGUCCUCCCAGAAGAGCGGAGUCCUCGAGAGCCAGUGACGCAUGGCCAGCCGCCCCGGCCUGCGCUGCUGGCGUGCGGGAGCCCACGCGUGAAGUCAGCGCCCUGAGAGUGAGCGGCGCGGCCCCUCCUGAGGCGGGGGAGCCCCCUGCCCCGCUGCCCCUGGCUGCCAGGAGCCGAGGCCUCUCAGCACCAGACCUGCGGUGCGUGGGGCUGCGAGAGCAGCACCCCAUAGGGUCGGACGGGUCUUGGGGCGAUUCCAGCGCUGCGGAAAUCCCCCCAGGGGAGACCCUGCAAGCCAGGGCUGCGAGGAUCCUAGGCAUUGAGGUGGCUGUGGAGUCUCUCCUGCCGGACAGCAGCAGAGCCGGGCAGAGCCAGCGCCCUGAGCCGCCCCGGGAAGCCUCGCCGGCCAGCUCGGCGCCCUCAGAUGGCCCCACGGCGCCCGCCGACGCCUUCUACGGCAGGAGGAAGUGCGGCUGGACGGAAAGCCCUCUCUUUGUAGGGGAGCGGGAGGGGACCCGGCGGGCCCCUCCGGCUCCCGAGCCCUCGGCUGCAGAUGGGGUCCUCGCUGGCCAGGUCCCCAGCCCUGAGCCUCAGCCCGACGCCCCGGAGCCCAAGCCCUCUGAGUGCAGGGCCGGGGGCCUGGCGCCUUCCUUCAGGUCCACGCUGUUCCACGUCAUAGAGCGGACCCCGGGGGCGGCAGGCUCGGAGAAGAGGCUGCGGAGCCCUUCCAAGGUAAUCGAGAGUCUGCAGGAGAAGUUGGCCGCGCCCCCGCGCAGGGCCGACCCCAGCCGCCUGAUGAGAAUGAAGGAGGUGAGCUCCGUGUCCCGGAUGCGCUGCCUCAGCUUCCAGAGCGCCGACCGUGCCGCCGAGGAAGCCGGGCAGCCCGCAGGCUGCGGGUCUCCCCGCGCCGGGGACCGCGCGCACCCGAGGGGGCUGUUGUCAGCGCCUGCCAGGGGCGGCGUCUCUUGGGAAGACCUCGGGCAUCCGGCCGCACAGAGGGACAGGAUCACCAGUGAAGACUCCUGGUGCCCAGAGGCAUAUGACCCCAGCCGGGUGGAGAGAGUGUGAUGGCGGUGGCACGUUGGCGAGCCCACGGCCGCUCCGCCCCAGCCUGCCCUUCUCUGAUGGGCUCGGCCAGUCCACCUCGUGCCCGUCGGAGCUGCCCCCACUGCUGCCAGCGGAACCAGACCUUGCCGUCCAUGUGGAGUCCCCUGUGGAGACAGAGCACCUGCAUUUAUAGCAUGAAGACCAAAGCCUGCAUUUAGAAGGGCGUCCCUGAGACGCGCUGGGCCAGGCCAGUCGUGAGCUUGGUGUUCCUGGAAAGUAAGACCUGGAAAGUGCGGUGAACAAAAUGGAGAGGACUGUGGAUGUCGCCGGUCUCCCGCCGCCCGCCCGAGGCAUGUGGUCCGUCAGCCAGGCCGGGCCCAUGCCUCAGUGCCUCGGCGUGUGCACGUGACCUGUUUCCCGCUCGGCAUUCUGCGGCUGGAAGUGGCUGGGCUCAGCGCUUCCAAGGACAGGGGCAGGGCGGUGACGGAGAGUGGUGUUUCCCUGGCGAUGGAAUCCUCGGGCUGUGAAAACAUGCCGUUGUCUGCUUUGCACUCAGUAUUACUAUCUAUUUUUAUUUUCCGUGUGGAUAUUUUAGAAAUUCUUUAUAUGAAAAAGAAUCGCUGGUUUAAAAUAGACCAUUUUAACAAAGUAACUAUAUUUCUUUUUACAAAAAAAAAAAUUGCUAUUUUUCUAUGAUGUAGACACUUGCCAGGCAGCAGGUUUUUAAGGAGGUGUUAUUUUAUUUAGGAGCCUGGAUCCCUAUCUGUGAGAGGAGCCCAGAGGGAGCUCCCUUUUGCCCCAGAGCAUCGUGGCCCUGGCCCGUUGGCCGCUCCGAUGUUUCUGUUGUUGUUUCAGGGAAUGUCAGGGUGGACGUAGCACAGGGUUGAUGAGGUAGACUUCCCACAGCAAGGGUUUUACAGAUGCAGCUGGGAGGUCCCCCUGAUGACGGCCCCGGGUGGACCAGCCGGCGUCGCACGAGGGUCCCCGCUGCCCUGGUGUGCGCCCCCCACCCCCACACUGCCCCUUUACAGAGGGACGUAUUGUUAUCUCGACUGCCCCUGUCCGAGGUACACGUCUUUAAGAAGCGCUUGGAGACAUUCUGUAUGCCUUCCUCUCUGUCUCUCUCUCCUUCCUCCCUCCCUCCUUCCCUCCCCCCGCCCCUUUUUCCCCUUCUCUUUAUUAAUUUUUUUUUUUUUUGAGAAGCCACUCUAUUUGUGGGUGUUUCAGCUUCCUAGGAUGUGAAGCCCCGGGUGGGCUGUCCCGGGGCCCCCGAGUGACCGGCUGGGCCUCAGAGCCCGUGCUGACCUGUGCCACGCGAUUCUCCUGCAGUGGAACCUGCCACAGCCACCUGCCCCCAGAACUCGGCUCUUAGCGAACGCUGUAGGAGGCGCUAGUUGCCAUGGCCACCAUGAGACAAGUGCAGGGCAAUGUGUGUGUGUGUGCAUGCAUCCAUCCGUGUACAUGUGUGGGAACUCUGUUCUGACUUCCUCUUCAGUUCUGUCGACACCACCUAACAGCUUCUUGCAAUGAAAAGAAUGACAUUUUCACUUCUUCCUCGUGUGCGUCAAUCGUAUGUUCUCCAAACAGAACCCGAUGCGGCUCUGCCUUGUUUUAUUCUAAAUUACCGUCUAACACCUUCCUGAAGUCUUUGAGUUCAGCUGCAGUUGCCAACAUGUGCACGUUUACUUCAGUUUUGCUGGAUUCCAGGCUGCGGAUCAUCGCAGGGGAACAGACAGCUCUUAGCCGUUUAAAUGAGGGCCUGCGGCUGAAAGCCGUCUUCCAGAGGUUUCGGAGUUCCUGCCAUCUGUUUACCUCCUGCUCCUCACCGACACGGGGAUCCGUGGAGAGUUUUCACUUUGUAUUUGUCGUUGCAUUGCUCAUACAUACAUAUGCUUGCUGUUGGUGUUUUAAUCAUUUGGAGCGUACCACAAUGAAAUUAAAAAUUCUAAUUUUGAUUA